AUGGACGAACAAUCAAAACCCCUCGAUGAUGCUGGCAACAAGGACGAUUUCGGGAACGCCAUAGCCCCUAUUCCCAGCAACACCCACGGAUUGACGGCGGAGUUCAAGACGGGAGGACUAAACGACGUUGAACAAAACUUAAAGGUCAUCGAAGAGGCUGUAGAAGCUAUCGGGUUUGGAAAAUUUCACUGGCAGCUGAGCAUGUCCUGCGGCUUUGGCUUCCUUGCCGACCAGAUGCUCCUCGUCUCAAUCUCCCUUGUCGGUCCUCAACUUACACCCGAAUUUGCACCUACCUACCCGACCCUCCUCCCAGCCUCGAAUUACGCGGGUCUUCUCGUCGGCGCCAUAGCUAUGGUUGCUAUCGACUUGACUAUUCUCGCCGAGAACAUUCCACGGCGGUGGUCCUUCAUGUUAGCCGGCCUCGCAUGCGUCUGGGGUCUAGGAAAUUCUAUUACCGGAUUCCUUCGAUGGGGCCUCCUUGUCAACUUUGGCUGUCCCCAGGACGCAACCCCCUCCACCUGCCCCAAAUCGGCAAAUAUGGGCUGGCGAUACCUCUACAUUACCCUUGGCGGCCUCUGCCUCAUCAUGUCCAUCAUUCGCGCCGUGGUAAUCCGCAUGCACGAGUCACCCCGCUGGCUUGUUUCUUGUGGGCGUGUGGAUGAAGCGGUCGAGGUUGUGAAUCGGAUUAGUUCAAUGAAUAGAUCUGAGUAUACGGUCACUGCGGCGCAGUUCGUCAGGACGACGAGGCAGCAAGGGGAUGAAGAUGAGGUUGUGGCGAAUCAUGGCGAGGAAGAGGCUGUUGCAAAGACACAGUCUCUCGGGGAGAACCUGCGUCGUGCGGCGAGGCUGUUUGAGGGUUGGGCUCAGGUGCGAUUGAUGAUCUGUCUGACUUUGCUAUGGAUGCUUGUCGGCAUAGCAGACCCCCUAUUCACCCUCUUCCUCCCCUACUACCUCCGAGCCCACGGCGCAGACCUAAACGACUCAAGCAACUACACCACCUACCGCGACUGGGCCAUCACCUCGGUCGUCGGCAUCUUCGGUCCCGCUCUCAGCAUGUGGAUGGUCUCCAACAGCUGGCUCCGGAGCCGCAAGUCCCUCGUCCUGACGGGCGCCGCAUGCGCGGCCUUUUCGGCUGCGUUUACGUCCGUGAAGAACCAGUCACAGAACCUGGCAUUUUCGUGCAUGAUUAGCUUUUGGCUGAAUGCCAUGUAUGCUAUCAAUUAUGCGUACACGCCGCAGGCGUUGAGUGUGGAGAAUCGAGGGCUGGGAAAUGGGUUGCUCAUGGCUGUUGGGCAGUUUGCGUCUCUAUCUUCACCAUUCAUUGCUACUUUUGCCGACGUCAGUACGCCGGCUCCUAUCUGGGUGGCGUGCGGUUGUUUCGCGAUGAUUGGGGUUGUAGGCUUGGUGCUCCCCGUUGACACUAUUGCGUACAACCAAGCCGAAUAG